CAACCCUGAAUGAAAGCUUGGCAAACAGAAUGUGACUUGUACUAAUUAGUUUAGAGUCACUUAGUCCUUGACUUUUUACCUCCAAAAGAGAUAAACGGUUUAUGAAAAAUCGUCGAAUUAGAUAGGGAGAAAUCGAAAGAAUGGCAAGUCGCCCGUGAGGAUUUCAGCAUUUGGGAACGAGGAUGAUAACUGAAUUUCUCAUCAGCACAUGAUUUGGUCCGAUCUCCAGACUGCAUUCACGCAGUUAUAACUAAUCAACUCAUUAGGAUCCAUAUUAUUGUGGGUGUCUAGAUUUUUUUCCAAGGAGGUACUUUCUGAAAUGCCAGUAAACUUUCAAUAGUAAAGUUAUCAACUGGGAGGUCUUCCAAUGAAUCAACAUGGCUGAUUUUCUGGCAGACAACAACCUUUGUGGACAAACUCUACUCAAGUUGGUCUCUCGUGGCAAUGCUAUCAUUGCUGAGCUACUUCGUUUGGCUGACUUUAUCCCUCCUGUCUUCAAGCUUGAUAAUAAGUUUGAUCAGAUGAAGUAUGGGGACAUUCUCUUUGAUUUCAAUUACUUCAAGGGAUCAGAAUACUACGAUAACAAGAUUGAUUCCAGGCCUGAGCUGCAAGACCUUGAUGAAAUCUUCCGGGAAAAUCAUAUUGACAUUUUACGGCGCUUCUAUCUUGCCUUUGAGAGUAUCCAUAAAUAUGUGACUGAUCUCAAUCGAUUUCUUGAAGAUUUGGAGGAAGGGGUUUACAUUCAGCAAACACUAGAGACUGUGCUACUCAAUGAAGACGGCAAGCAACUUCUGUGUGAAUCCUUGUAUCUAUACGGUGUGAUGCUGCUUGUGGUUGAUAUGAGAAUUGAUGGCCCAGUCAGAGAACGAAUGUUGGUAUCUUAUCACAGAUACAGUGCUGCCAAGGCUGCUGUUGAUUCCAACAUGGACGAUGUCUGCAAACUAUUGCGAUCAACUGGAUUCUAUUCAGCUCCAGGAGCAAAAAGACCUCUUAACUACCCAGAGAACUACUUCAAGCGCAUUCCGAUACCCCCUCAUUUCAUUGAGAUGGUCAUUGCCAGGCUACGUUCAGAUGACAUAUACAACCAGAUCUCAGCCUAUCCCUUACCAGAGCACCGAAGCACAGCGUUAGCCACACAAGCAGCCAUGUUAUACAUCAGUCUCUACUUCUCUCCAGACACACUGCACGGUCAACAGGCUAAGAUGAGGGAAAUUGUUGACAAACAUUUUCCAGAUAAUUGGAUGAUCAGCAUUUACAUGGGAAUUGUGAUCAAUCUGGCAGACAUGUGGGAACCAUACAAAGCAGCACGAACAGCUCUUAAUAACACCCUGGACUUGACCAAUGUCAAGACCUUGACCGUGAAGCAUAACCAGAAAGUUGACCAGUUGAUCAAGCUGUUACGUCAGUAUUUGACAGAAGGAACACUUACAGAGGAAUAUGUCCUGGACAACAUUCCUAAGCUGAUGAACUGUCUAAGAGAAUGUAACGUCAAUCUGCGCUGGCUUAUGCUACACACUGCAGAUGGGCCCUGGGAUGGUAACAAGAAGAUAAGACAGAUGAAGGAAGCCAUGAUUUUGGAAUCCAAGUUUAGUCCUCGGACUUUAUUUGAGCUUCUGUUGGAUUCAGCACAAUUUGAGUUCAAACUCAAGGAGAUGUUCAAGAAGAUGUUGUCAGAAAAGCAAAAGAAGUGGGAACUGUACAAACAAGAGAGUGUAGAUCGAAUGACUGAGCUUGGUGAGGUCUUCUCAGGAACCAAACCAUUGACUCGCGUUGCCAAGAAUGAGAACCUUCAGGCUUGGUUUGCUGAGAUGGCUAAACAGAUAAACUCACUCAACUACGAUGACUCUACUGCUGCAGGUCGCAAGAUUGUCCAACUCAUACAGGCCCUGGAAGAGGUGCAAGAGUUUCAUCAGUUGGAGAGCAACUUGCAAGUUCGUCAGUUUCUGCUGGACACUCGCCAGUUCCUUCAUCAAAUGAUUCGAACCAUUAACAUCAAGGAAGAGGUGCUCAUCACAAUGCAGAUUGUAGCUGAUCUGUCUUAUGCCUGGGAACUCAUUGAUACGUACACACCUUACAUGCAGCAGGGCAUCAAAAGCAACCCAGGUCUGGUUACCAAACUGAGAGCAACAUUCCUGAAGCUGGCAUCAGCUCUUGAUCUGCCUCUGAUACGAAUCAAUCAAGCCAACAGUCCUGACCUGAUAAGUGUCUCUCAAUACUACUCCAGUGAGCUUGUGGCCUAUGUCCGUAAAGUGCUGCAGAUUAUACCUCAGACUAUGUUUAGUCUCCUGUCUCAGAUCAUUCAAUUGCAAACACAUCACAUCAAGGAAGUACCCACCAGACUAGAGAAGGAGAAAUUGCGUGACUUUGCCCAGCUUGAUAUGAGAUAUGAUGUGGCCAGACUUACUCACUCUAUCUCUGUCUUCACUGAGGGCAUCUUAAUGAUGAAGACAACAUUGGUUGGGAUUAUUAAGGUCGAUCCAAAACAACUCUUGGAAGAUGGAAUCAGGAAGGAGUUGGUACAGCAAGUGGCUAGUGCUUUACAUCAUGGCAUUAUGUUCAACCCAAAAGCCAAGACAAGUGAGUUGAUGCAACGACUUGAUGCUCUAGGAGCUAAGAUGGAUGGAUUUGUUCGCUCUUUUGAGUACAUCCAAGACUAUGUCAACAUCCAUGGUUUGAAGAUUUGGCAAGAAGAAGUGUCUCGCAUCAUCAAUUACAACAUGGAACAAGAAUGCAACAGCUUCCUGAGGACUAAGGUCCAUGAUUGGCAAAGCAUAUACCAGUCACCAACCAUCCCAAUUCCAAAGUUCCAACCAGUGGACGGUUCCAUUAACUUCAUGGGGAGGUUGGUCAGGGAAAUUCUCAGAAUUACUGAUCCCAGAUCCACUUCCUACAUUGACCAGAUGAAAACCUGGUACGAUGUCAAGACUAAACAAGAAGUGCUGGACAUCAAAGUCUUCUCCAAAGUCAGACAAAGCAUCGGUACCUGUGGUCUGACUGGUUUGGAUCGACUGAUGUGCUUCAUGAUGGUCAGGGAACUUCAACAAUUCCUAGGAUACAUCGAGCAUGGUGUCCUUCGUGAGAAAGCUUGGCUAGAAAUGUUUGGUUCACUCAUGAAGACUCUCAACCCAGUCAGAGGACUCAUCAGUAACCCUAACAAGGUGUACAGCCACUAUAUCACCAGAGCAAACAAGAUGUGGUCACCAUUCGUCAACCUUGUUCUCAAGCUUGGCCAGAUGCAGUUGCUUCGCAGGCAGAUUGCAAAUGAACUCAAUUUUGCCUGCAAGUUUGAGUCAAAGUUCCUUGCCGGUGCAUUGGAAACCAUGAACUCCGGUUUGCUAGCUGAUGUUGAGGCCCACUAUCAAGAUCCCUCUAGACCCUACCCAAAGGAUGACAAUCCUCUCAUGUUUGAGUUAGCAUCAUAUCUUGAAUCAGCUGGAAUCAACAACCCACUUUCCAAGAUCUAUGUAACUACCAAGAGACUUCCAUAUUUCUCUCUCUUCACAUUCCUGUUUGUUGUCUCCCAGCUUCCAAAGUUUCAGUACCUCAAGAGUGUUGGAAGUAUGGUGGGUAAGCUUCCCAAAGAUCCUCUGGAUGGUCCCCCACUUGUUGUUGGUACCCUGACUCUUCUGAGACAGUUCCAUUCAGAGACCACAGACCAGUUCCUGGCAUUGCUUGGACAGUAUGUCAGAUCAUCUGUUGAGAGCACUGCUGCAGGGGGCAAAGCAUCUGAGUUAACACCUGAGGUUGUUAAUGUCCUGUCUUUCCUUGACGACUUCACAUACUUUGCUGGAUUGUCUAGGCAGAGUGUAGAGUCACAUAUUCCAGCUUACAUCUUUGAUGAGUUCAAGAGCACUUGCCAGUAGAUGACAUCAAAUUUUGAGCAACAUUGGACAUGAGAAUAUUUCUCAUGUGUGAACAUGAACGAUUUGGUACAUGUACAUGUAUAUUGCAGCAGACCAGGUCAGGAUGAUAGUUUCCAGUUUGUUGCUAAACUUAACUGAUUCUAGAUAUGGUCAUUAGAAAAUGAUUUAAGUGUUGUUUGGAGAAGUCAAAGGGAUAAAUUUUAAUAAUCAAUGAAAGAUUAAAGAUUGAAUUACUUCAUGAAAAGUAUUUUACAACAUGCUUGAAAAUAAUUUUUAUAAUGCUGUUUAAGAGCUGUAUUAAAGCCAGUUACUGACUCAUUUACUUGACUGUUUCUCCUUCAUUUUUAUCAACAUUCAUCAUAGAUUUCUUGAAGUAAUUUUUAAACCAUUUACCAAUUAGUUACACAUAUCGGUAAUGUUGUUUCCAUUCGAUUUUUUGGUUGCACAUUCAUUAUCAAUGGCCAUAUUUGUACCGUACAUUAUGUGUAAAUAAGGGCUCAAAGAGAAAACACAAUGUCACACACCAGCCACAGUUUAUGUAAUAGUAGGUCCAGACAUGUUGUGGUAGAGCUGCAUUGUGGCAUCCUUUUUUUGUGAAAUUUAUUUGGUUUUAUAAUAAGCUGGAGAUGUAAACUACUUAUAAAUGGUCAUAUUUCAAAAACGGGAAAUGCUGACGAGCAUAACAAAUAACCCCAGUGGCUGAUCAGUGAAUGUUACAAUUGAGUACGGACCAAGGAUUAAGGCCAGCAACUUAAUCAGGAAGACUUUCUCUUCAAAUAUGAAGCCAUCACACUAUACUCUAUUGAACACGUUGGAAAUUUGCUUUAAAUGAACAGAGUAUGCUGUGAAAUAUGUAUCGCCUGUCAGUGGACUGUUGUUAGCUUGAUAUAUCCUAAUUAUGUUCAUAAGCCAAUUGAACAUCACAUUCUAAUUAAUUGGAAGGACCUGUGAUACUUGAGUCUUAUCAACAAGGGGAUACAAGUCUAACCAAUCAGAACACCUGUGUCAGUGUUACAUCCAAUCAUAAAGUUUGUUCUAAAAUACUCAACCAAUCAGACCCUCCAUCAGGGUGAACAAUCAUGAACAUGUUUGACUUAAAUGAUUUUGUGAAUUUUGUAUUUGUAAUAUGGACUGCAUGUGAUGAAGACUGCAUCUUCACGAAUGAAACCAGCAUAAGGACAGUGCAUAUUUACCAUAUACAUGUAUAUGUAUAUGGAAAUGCAUGAAUUUAUUUCAAAUGAAGAAAGGAGCCCAUAGGGGCUUGUACUCGAUAAACAAACAGGGACCUACAUCCUAUCCUCCUUCUGAUGGUCAGUAAAUGACUGUCUAAGCAUUAUUGAUAGAGACCAGACUUUCAUGGGACUUUGUGGUCAUACAUAAUCUGGAUUUGUUUUCUUGAUUCAUCUCCCUGGACCACCUAAGCGGAUUAAAAGUAAUUAUGUAAUACAUGUAAUUGCUAUUUUAUUUGGCAUCACUAAAUCCAUAAUGAUAAUCUUAAUUAUGACUGAUAACUGGGGUAAAGAAAUUGUUUAUCUACAGUGAGAAUACUAACGAUAAAUUUGUAUGAUUUUUGUACAAAGACAGAGCAUUUUAAACCAAGAGACUGAGUUCAUGUACUUGUGACUUAAGCAUUCUAUGCUGCUUUCCUAAUUGGUAUCUAACGUCAAAGCUCAUGAUGUUAAUCAUCGAAUUAGAGAUAUCAGGUGUGUUCCUCAACUCAUUCUGUAUUUGCCACAAUAAUGCAAAAGAGUGUUUUGGGGGAAUAUCAGAGAAUCAAGCUGUGAUUAAAAUUUGAUGCUCCAGUUAGAUGUAGGUGAUUGUGUAGCUCCAAACGGGUAUUCAGUUUACAAACCAGGUACCUGUAACGAAAACUUAUGGUUUGAUGUCCACUUCCAAUUAAUACAGUUAGCUGGGUCGAAAUGUA